AUGUACUGCAACACAAGAAUGCAUAAUUUGUACUUUUUGAGGUAUCAGAGCAAAAACCAAUACCAUUGCAUUAGUAAUAACUGUUACUGCCAUGGAAAUAAGGACACCUGUACAUGCUACAGUAGCACUUUGUCCUCCUGCUUCUGUGAGACUUACAACAAUAGCAUUGCUCUCACUACAGCAGUUAGUUCAGUUACAGACCCUGACUGUGUGCGUCUUAAUGAUAUGUACAUCUGCACUGGUGCUCAGUAUCGCAUGUACUGCAACACACAUAUGCAUGACUUCUCCUACCAGAGAUCUCAGUACAAAUACCAGUACCUGUGUGUGAAUAAUGACUGUGACUGCUUUGGUAAUAGGGACACCUGUACAUGCUCUACUAGCACUUUGUCCUCCUGCUUCUGUAAGACUUAUGGCAAUAUCACUGCUCUCACUAUAGCAGUUAGUCCAGUCUAUGACUGUGCACGUUAUAAUGACCUGUACAUCUGCACUGGUGCUCAGUACCACAUGUAUUGCAACACAAGUGUACAUGAUUUCGAUUAUGAUAGAUACCAUUACUACUGUUUAAAUAAUAACUGUGACUGCUUUGGUAAUAAGGACACCUGUACAUGCUACAGUAGCACUUCAUCCUCCUGCUUCUGUACAAAUUACAGCAGUAGCAUCACUAUUCCUGCAGCAGUUAGUCCAGUUUAUGACUGUGGGCUUUAUAACGACACUUAUAUCUGCACUGGUGCUCAGUACCACAUGUACUGCGACACAAGAAUGCAUAAUUUCUACUACUGGAAAUAUAGAAACCAAAACCAAUAUGAAUAUGAAUGCUGGGGUAAUAACUGUUACUGCUUUGGUAAUAAGGACACCUGUACAUGCUACAGUAGCACUUUGUCCUCCUGCUUCUGUAAUACUUAUGGAAAUAUCACUGCUCUCACUACAGCUAUUAGUCCAGUCUAUGACUGUGGGCUUUAUAAUGACAUAUACAUCUGCACUGGUGCUCAGUACCGCAUCUACUGCGACACAAGAAUGAAUCAUUUCUUCUACUUGAAAUAUAGAAACCAAAACCAAUAUGAAUGCUGGGGUAAUAACUGUGACUGCUUUGGUAAUAAGGACACCUGUACAUGCUACAGUAGCACUUCAUCCUCCUGCUUCUGUACAAAUAACAGCAGUAGCAUCACUAUUCCUGCAGCAGUUAGUCCAGUUUAUGACUGUGGGCUUCAUAACGACACGUACAUCUGCACUGGUGCUCAGUACCGCAUGUUCUGCAAUACAAGAAUGCAUUAUUUCUACUACUGGAUAUAUAGAAACCAAAACCAAUAUGAAUGUUGGGGUAAUAACUGUUACUGCUUUGGUAAUAAGGACACCUGUACAUGCUACAGUAGCACUUUGUCCUCCUGCUUCUGUAAUACUUAUGGAAAUAUCACUGCUCUCACUACAGCUAUUAGUCCAGUCUAUGACUAUCUGAUUAUCGCACUGCCGGAUCAAUGCAGGACCUCAGAAGGAUGUCUUCAAAAUCUUCUUGAGCAGAUCGAGAACAGUGCAGCUCAAGAGCUCCCUGUGACUACUGUGAUGAGCAUUUUGACUGUGGUCUUCAACACUUCAGAGAAGAUUUUAGAGUCAUCAUCAGUAAACCCAGCUGAACUAGCCUCUUAUGGAAACAGUGUGUUAAAAGCCAGCGAGAAACUCAUUUCUACAUUGGUGAAGCAGACAGACACAAGUGACAGUGUCAGUUUUACUUUUGCUGCUGUAGAGAUAGAAGUCUUCAUGGUUGGACCACAGGUCACCUUAGAGAAAAUCCCUCGACUCGACACGACAAAUUCUUCUGUGGACAUCGAUCUCAUUGGGAUCGCCAGGAACAACCAUGAAAGAUCAGCUGCUGUGGCUUUCAUGAGCUACAACACGAUGGAGUAUCUACUGAAGCCAGACUUCUUCAACACAUCAAAAGACAAGGUUAAAACCAUGAUGUCCACUGUGAUCUCAGCUACUCUUCCCAAAACCACCAACACUAAACUCACCAAACCAGUCAACUUCACCCUCAAACACAUCAGAGAGUUUGAUCCCAGCGGUUCUCUGUUCUGUGUGUACUGGAAUAUCAGCGAGUGGAUUGUAGAUGGUUGUUCUGUUUUAAAGACCAACAGCAGCUGCACUGUGUGUUCCUGUGAUCAUCUGUCGACAUUCGCUCUCAUCAUGCAAACCAGCCGUCAGUCAGAGAGCGACUCACUGAUGGAGCUGUUGAAUUUGGUGUGUGUGAUCGUGGGGCUGGUGUUCUUCAGUUUGGCCCUGUUGACCUUUGCCCUUUGUCAGUGGAGUCCUGGAGUGAAUAAUGUGGCUCGAAUCAACAUCUGCAUCAGUCUUCUGUUGGCUCACCUUCUGUUUCUGCUCACACAGCAGUUCCUGAGCCUCAUACGGCGUCAGCAGGUGUUGUGUGCCGUGAUCUCAGGCCUUCUGCACUUCCUCUUUCUCUCCGGCUUUGUGUGGAUGUUCAUUGAAGCUGUGCUGCUCUUCAUCUGUGUGAAGAACCUAUCACAGAUCAGCUCCAAAAAGAGGGAGGUGCUUAGCAGUGGAUUCCUGUGUGUGAUUGGAUAUCUGGUUGCUCUGGUUGUGGUGUGUGUGUCUGUCGGUCUGGCUCCUGAAGGCUACGGCAGCAAAGAAUGCUGGAUUAAAAUGGAUAAAGGUUUUAUCUGGAGUUUUCUGGGUCCUGUUUGCGUCAUACUAGCAUUAAACAUGAUUCUCUUCAUCAAGAUCGUCAUCAGUAUGAUCUCAGCUCUCAAAACUCUCAAUGCUGAAGUUUCACAGAUGAAACAAACCAAGAUUGUGGUGUUUAAAACACUGGCUCAGUGUGUGAUUCUUGGUUGCUCCUGGAUUCUGGGUUUCUUCACAAAUGGCAGUAAGGUGCUGGAGAUCCUCUUCCUGAUCUUGAACUCCCAGCAGGGAACCUUCAUCUUCCUGAUCUACUGUGUCUUCAAUAAUGAGGUCAGGCAACAGUACAGGAAGUGCUUCAGAUGUCUUUGCUGUGUUAAACAACACUGA